GCACAGACAAGGAAUCCGUCAAGCUCCCAUCAGCUUUCAGCUCUCCUCCCUCUACUCACUUUACUUGCGACUCCCUCGCCCCCUUCAGCUCAAGACCGCCCAAAAUGUCUUUUAUGAGAUUCAUAAACGCUACGUCUUCAACCUUUCCUAGGCAGUGCGCAUCUGCAUCCGUCCUUUUCGCCACAGGAGACACGAUCGCGCAACAAUUUGUUGAGAAGAAGGGCAAGAAUCAUGAUCUGAUCAGAACCGGUAGGCUAGCAGUGUACGGUGGUGUCAUCUUUGCUCCUAUCAUGUCCACAUGGAUGGGCAAGAUCUUGGAGCGCGUCAAGUUUCAAAACAAGGCCGCAACUUUGGGAACCAAGGUGCUGCUCGACCAGGUCAUCAUGUCUCCCUUGAUCAUCAGCAUCUUCUUCACAGCUACCAACUUCCUCGAGGGCAAGCCUUUUUCGGCGGCUCAAGAGAAGCUCAAGACUUCCUGGCUACCAACAUACAAAGCCGCUGUUGGUGUCUGGGCACCUGUUCAAGCUAUCAAUUUCAGCAUCGUGCCUCCUCACCUCAGGCUGCUAUUCGUUAAUGUCGUGUCUGUCGGAUGGAACACCUUCCUGUCGGUCCAAGCUGCGGGCGGCGCCAACGAGCGUAAAGCAGAGGCCAAAGUGGAUGAGCUCGAGGCACCGCUGAUCAACAGGGCCAAGGCAGUGGGCGCAAAGCUGGAAAGGGAGGGCAAUAAGUUGGUGCACAAAGCCUAAUUGGUAUGGCCAUCCUUGCACCAGACGGAUAGUGGGCAAUAGAGGUGCGCCACAGAGCACCAUUGGGACAAUCGAGACGUCAACA